CUAAUAGCAGUUUGAAUGGAGGAAGUGAACGCCGAAGUAAACCUGUAGUACACCAACUAGCCUGCAGGGGGCGCUGUCACACCCAAACUGCCCCAGUCAUGAACCAGUCAGAGUGCAGGAGUCACUAGGUUAAUACUCGAGUCAGACAAGGAAUGUAAAUGUCUGAGGACAAGGAAGCCCAGGAGGAUGAGCUGCUUGCUUUAGCAAGCAUCUAUGAUGAGGAGGAGUUCCACCGGGCGGAUUCUGCACAGGGGGGAGAGAUCCAACUCUGUCUGGAGCUCCCUCCUGAUUUCAAAGUUGUUGUCAAAGGAGAGAAGCAAACUGAAUAUCAUGUCUGCUUCCUACCUCCUUUGGUCCUCAACUUUGAGCUUCCUGCAGACUAUCCAUCCACUUCCUCACCAACUUUCACUCUCAGCUCUAAAUGGAUGACCAGAGCACAGAUGAGCGCUCUGUGCAGACGCCUGGAUGAGCUGUGGGAGGAGAACCAAGGCUGUGUGAUUCUCUUCACAUGGAUCCAGCUCCUCAAAGAGGAGGCUCUGGACUUUCUGGGCAUCCAGUCUCCUCUUGAAGUCAUCAGGGGAGGAAGUAAGGCAGGUGGUGAGCGCAGGAAAACCGAACCUGCAGCCACAGCUCUGACGCAGUGUGGGAGUCAUUCUGAAAAUGCUGAGGAGAACAAAAGAGAAGUGAAGAAGGAAAAGUCUGAACCGCAGUUGUCUUCGUCUUCUCAACUGGACCCGCGGACCAUCCUGCUGAUGGACCCGCGUGCCGACCUCCUACCUCAGCUCCUGGACUUUGACGAGGCGCAGCGGCAGAGGGUGUUUGACAGCAAGGUGUUUUGCUGUGGGAUAUGCUUUUUAGAGAAACUGGGCUCCAGCUGCCUCUGCUUUAAGGAGUGCCAGCAUGUCUACUGCAAGGCCUGCAUGACUGAAUACUUCCAGAUCCAAAUACGGGACGGCAACGUUCAGUGCCUUAAUUGCCCUGAGCCAAAAUGUACCUCCUUAGCCACACCGUUGCAGGUGAAGCAGCUGGUAGAUGAGGAGCUGUUUGCCCGUUAUGACCGUUUGCUGCUCCAGUCUAGUCUGGACCUCAUGGCCGAUGUGGUCUACUGUCCCCGCCAGUCAUGCGGCACUGCUGUUAUGGUGGAGCCAGACACAACCAUGGGAAUUUGCUCGGCCUGCCAGUAUGCUUUUUGCACACUGUGCAAGCUGGGCUAUCAUGGUCUCUCCAACUGUAAAAUCCCUGCAGAUGAAUUGCGUAACCUCAGAGAUGAGUACCUGUCAGCCACAACUGAGGGGAAGAAGUUCAUGGAGCAACGCUUUGGGAAGAGGGUGAUCCAGAAAGCAGUGGAAGAGUCCUUUAGCACAGACUGGCUCAAUGAGAACUGCAAAUGCUGCCCACGGUGUGGAACCAAUAUACAGAAAGUGGAUGGCUGUAAUAAGAUGACAUGUACCUCGUGUAGACAGUACUUCUGUUGGCUGUGCCUUGGCCUGCUCAGCAAAGUCAACCCAUACAGUCACUUUAACAACCCCCAUUCACCUUGUUACAACCAACUCUUCCAUGGUGUGGAUCUCGAUGAAGAAGAUGCCUUCUGGAGUGAUGAGGAGGACUGAUACCAGUGCAGUAUCUCACUGCUGUAUGUGCCGUUUGAAUGCACUUUAUCUCGCAUAACUAUCACUUCACCUGUGGCACUCACUACACCUGCAUUAGCACAACAGUGCCACUACAACCAUGCAACAUGGUACUAUUGUUUGUUUUCAAUAUGAUCAGGCAUCUUGGGUAUAAAACAUUCAAUGCCUGGGUGUACAUUUUUCAUAUUUACUUAAUAUAUGACAGAUGUCAUGUAUAUUAAGUAUUCUGUCAGGAACGGCAAGAACAGCUUUAGCUUUAAUCUCAAAGAGAAAUAGAAAGAGAAACGGCUGUGGUCAUUUUGGUAAAAGUAGACGUUUUCUUAAAUAAUCACUCUUAUGGUUAUGAAGGAUACAUACUUUGAUAAGUAGUUUGUGACUGGAAUUUGAAUUCAAAACUUAAAGCAAGUGAACAGAAAAAAAACAAAUCUAAAUUUUGGUUGGAUUUCUCUUUGUUAUACAGUCGAUAAGGUCUAGAGAUCUACUUUCUCUCUUCUUAAUUUUACAUACAUUUCAUGAUCAGUUUUGACAUCUCGCAGGCUUAUAAUGAUCAAGGGCUGAUACUGGAACCGCUGACUAAGCUCAGUUUGGUAAAUUCAAGGUGUUUACUUCCAAUUAGCUAGUAACCAUCCCCUCUGAGUGUGACAGAGAAAAGACUGUGCAUUUGCCCUUCUUUGUCAUAUUAAGUAUCCUGCUUGUUAUAUUAAGUAUCUACCCUCUGGCUAGCUUUCUGUCACAUGUCAAAAGUAUGACACAGCUAAAUUUUCUUUAGACCAACUUAAGAGGUGGAUAAUUAAGUGAAUUUCAUGAUCUAAUCAAGAAACAGGAUUAAGAUACUGGAUUAAAGCAAUGGAGGCACACCUGGAGAUUCAGCCAUAAUUCCAAAACUACUGAGGUUUUGUUUGAUUGUUUUGGUUGACUACAAGAAUGAGAAACCCUGAGACCGACAGUGUGCUCUGUAUGUUAAUAUGUUAUUUUCAGGCUGGGGUCAUCUUUUGUCAGGAAUUUUUUCUCUUCUAAAAUUAUGUUUAGAUCUGCGUUUUCUUCAGAUGAGUUCAUAUACGGAAACGUGUCUUUGCACGCCAUUCGAUGAAAGUCAGGCAGGUUGAAAAGAGUUUCAUGAGAUUGGUUGUGGGGAAUGGUUUCGUAAUUAGUUUGAGUCACGUGUAUUUGUCCAUGCAGAAUGGAAUAAUGAAGAACACUGCAGUUAAUAUUCAUGACAGUAGAUCACGUGAUGGGGUUACUGGGAUUGGUGUGAAUGUACUUGUUGGAAAGAUAAGUCAUUCAGGGACUGUGGUGUGAGAAAGACCAAUGCCUUGGUAAACAGCCAAGGCAUUUAGGAAUGAUAUUUGACUAGAUUUAUUCACACCCUCCUUUGUACAACUUUUAUUUUAAUGUUGCCAAACAUUAGUGUCAAAGAGAGGCCAUACAAUCUUGAUAAUGUAUAGAGAUACAAAAUUAUUUUGUAUAAUAUUAAUUUAUUUUCUUUUUUUGUUUUACAUUUGAUCAUAAAUGAGACUAUUUCAUGCAAGCAGUUCUGUUUUGCCAUGACGGAAACGUCAUGAAAUUGAACCCUGCAUCAAAUCUGUUCUUUUUCAACGCUGAAUGAUUUGCUCCUCACUGCUUCAAAAGUGCAGACUACUUUCAGAAUUGGUGCUGGUCUGGUAAAAAUACAAUCUCAGUUCAGUUUGCACAUGGAUUCACUUUCCCGUAAAGGCGGAGUCACUGUCACUUCAUCUCUCGUAUAAGAAAUGUUUGAAUACAGGACCUGUAGAGUCCUGUUGAAAUGCAUUCAGCAUACUGUUCCUCAAAAUAAAUGUUACCACUUAA